CAGGGCAGUAACGAGUGCCUGGCAGCUGGGGACCCCAGUGGAGCGAGAGAGCGUAGGAAAGCGAGCGAACUAGCGGGAGUCGGGGAGACCUAGACUGACUGAUAGGCAGGCGGACGGACGCACGCCGGGACAGACUGAGCAAGCGUCGGAGAACCUUGCACUGGUUCCUCCCGCUUUUCCCUUUGAAAGCCAGGAUUUUGCCUUUUCCGUGGCGCCUGAGAGAGAAUUCUGGACUCUGCCGACUGCAGCGCAAGCUAAGAUUUCUCAGCUAGGGAAGAAAGAUCAGCUCAGUCCUGAGAAGGCGGGAGGCAAGCUCCCCUGUCCCCAUCGCCCCCCCAUACCAAACUCGGGCGCCAAACCCAGCCCUUCCCUAACCAGCCGACUUCCUCCUCUUCUUUCUAGCAUGGUGGCUGUAUGGACAGUCUGACAGAACAGAGACUGACAUCUCCCAAUCUGCCGGCCCCCCACCUGGAACACUACAGUGUUCUGCAUUGCACCAUGACCCUGGAUGUGCAAACUGUAGUCGUUUUUGCCGUGAUUGUAGUUCUCCUGCUUGUUAAUGUCAUACUCAUGUUUUUCCUGGGAACGCGCUAAAUGGA